AUGUCUACUACACGUUUUUCCCUUCUUGCCAUUCUCCUUCUCCUUUCACUAAACUCUCUUGGCACAACCAUGGGUGGAAGAAUCAUUCCCCCUAGUGCCCCAAGCACGAUUACGAGGCCACUAGUUUCCUCAGAAGUUGAAAACUACGUGAAGCCGAAGCUGAAUCACAAGCAGAAAGCCUUGCAAGGAAGAGAAGUGAAGGGUUGCUUGCCAAAAGGCUCAAGGCAUAACUCGGCUCCUAGCAGGUUCGUGAACUUCAAGACUCUAGGCUCUGGUGGCUGUUCCAGAAUGCAUUCAGGGAACCCUUGA